CGGCUUCCCUCUUUAGUCUUUCGUUGGACGGAAUGCGCACGUACGACUACGUUUUAUCGUCAAUCAAAGUCCUCCAAAACGUAUACGUUAUUUUUACGUCUAUAUUAUAUUAUGCAUAGAACAUUUACCCAUUUAGUAUUUUAGUCCUCAGUCGUAAGUCGUCGGCAUAGGUCGCGCCACACGCCGUAUUAUAGCUGCUGCAGUACAGUAACGGUCACAGGACAGUUGUAAGACUAAACUUACAAAAUGUUCAAAUCAAUAAUUUUCGCCCUCGUGGGCUUAUUAAUCUUCAGUUUUGGACGCGGCGAUGGUGCAACGGUCCGCGUCGAUCUGGAUCCGUUGUCGGACGAGUUCAUCGACCACAUAAAUUCGAUACAAUAUUAUUGGAGCGCCGGCCGCAAUUUUCACAAGAACACGCCGAUUUCUUAUUUCAAAGGAUUGAUGGGUGUGCAUGAGAAGAACGCGGAAUACCCGAAAUUAGAACAACUGUUGACUUACACUGACGCACCGACAGAUCUGCCGGAAACUUUCGAUGCUAGGGAACAUUGGCCGAAUUGUCCAACUAUUAGGGAAGUCAGGGAUCAAGGAUCAUGCGGGUCUUGUUGGGCUUUCGGAGCUGUAGAAGCUAUGUCAGACCGUGUUUGCAUUCACUCUAAAGGCACUAAAAAUUUCCAUUUUUCGGCUGAGAAUUUGGUUUCCUGUUGCUGGACAUGCGGUUUCGGAUGCAAUGGAGGCUUCCCAGGAGCAGCAUGGAACUAUUGGAAAACUAAAGGCAUUGUUAGCGGUGGUCCAUAUGGAUCCAAUAUGGGAUGUAUUCCAUAUGAAGUUGCCCCGUGUGAACAUCAUGUGAAUGGUACUCGAGGACCAUGUAAAGAAGGAGGUAAAACACCUACUUGUGUUAAAAAAUGUGAAGAUGGAUAUAAAGUGCCAUAUGCACAAGAUUUGCACCACGGUAAAUCUGCAUACUCCCUUAGAAAUGAUGUCGAUCAAAUACGACAAGAAAUUUAUACCAAUGGUCCAGUCGAAGGGGCAUUUACUGUAUAUGAAGAUUUUAUAGCUUAUAGAGCUGGAGUAUAUAAACAUGUUGCUGGUAAGGCUCUUGGAGGCCAUGCAAUUAGGAUCCUUGGAUGGGGUGUUCAGAAUGGUGAAAUACCAUACUGGUUGGUAGCUAAUUCUUGGAACACUGAUUGGGGUAGCGAUGGCUUUUUCAAAAUUUUGAGAGGAAGUGACGAGUGUGGCAUUGAAGGACAAAUUAAUGCUGGUUUACCAGCUUAAAUUGCAAUCGUUUCAGAUAAAACAUUUAUAUACCUACCCCAACUUUUAUAUUUAAUUAAAUUUAUUACAAGUAAAAACAAAUAAUUAUUAUUUUUAAUGCUUAGAGCUUAUUAACUAUUAUUAAUUAAUCUGAUUUUGAAUAAAUACAAUAAAUAAUAAAAUAAAAUAAAUAAGAUUA